CCGAGCUGCGCAUGCGUGCGACGACGGACGGACCGACGGACCGACAGACGGACAGACAGGCAGAGCCGACCGGGGCCUGAAGCAGUGAGCCGACACCAUGCGUGAGAUCGUGCACAUCCAGGCGGGCCAGUGCGGCAACCAGAUCGGCGCCAAGUUCUGGGAGGUCAUCAGUGACGAACACGGCAUCGACCCCACUGGGAGUUACCAUGGGGACAGCGACCUGCAGCUGGAACGCAUCAAUGUGUACUACAACGAGGCCACUGGUAACAAAUAUGUCCCCCGGGCCAUCCUGGUGGACCUGGAGCCGGGCACCAUGGAUUCCGUCCGGUCUGGGCCCUUUGGCCAGAUCUUCAGGCCCGACAACUUCGUGUUCGGCCAGAGCGGCGCUGGCAACAACUGGGCCAAGGGCCACUACACAGAGGGUGCCGAGCUGGUGGACUCGGUCCUGGACGUGGUGAGGAAGGAGUCGGAGAGCUGUGACUGUCUGCAGGGCUUCCAGCUCACCCACUCGCUGGGCGGUGGCACCGGCUCGGGCAUGGGCACCCUCCUCAUCAGCAAGAUCCGAGAGGAGUACCCCGACCGCAUCAUGAACACCUUCAGCGUCAUGCCCUCGCCCAAGGUGUCCGACACCGUGGUGGAGCCCUACAACGCCACCCUGUCCGUCCACCAGCUGGUGGAGAACACCGAUGAGACCUAUUCAAUCGAUAAUGAGGCGCUGUAUGACAUCUGCUUCCGCACCCUCAAACUCACCACCCCGACCUACGGAGACCUCAACCACCUGGUGUCGGCCACCAUGAGCGGCGUGACCACCUGCCUGCGCUUCCCUGGCCAGCUCAACGCUGACCUUCGCAAGCUGGCCGUGAACAUGGUGCCCUUCCCUCGGCUGCACUUCUUCAUGCCCGGCUUCGCCCCCCUGACCAGCCGGGGCAGCCAGCAGUACCGGGCCCUCACGGUGCCCGAGCUGACGCAGCAGAUGUUCGACUCCAAGAACAUGAUGGCCGCGUGUGACCCUCGCCACGGCCGCUACCUGACCGUGGCUGCCAUCUUCCGCGGCCGCAUGUCCAUGAAGGAGGUGGACGAGCAGAUGCUGAACGUGCAGAACAAGAACAGCAGCUACUUCGUGGAGUGGAUCCCCAACAACGUCAAGACGGCCGUGUGCGACAUCCCGCCCCGGGGCCUGAAGAUGUCGGCCACCUUCAUCGGCAACAGCACGGCCAUCCAGGAGCUGUUCAAGCGCAUCUCGGAGCAGUUCACGGCCAUGUUCCGCCGCAAGGCCUUCCUGCACUGGUACACGGGCGAGGGCAUGGACGAGAUGGAGUUCACCGAGGCCGAGAGCAACAUGAACGACCUGGUGUCUGAGUACCAGCAGUACCAGGACGCCACGGCCGACGAGCAGGGCGAGUUCGAGGAGGAGGAGGAGGGCGAGGAGGAGGCUUGAGGUGCCCACUCGCCUGCCUGCCUGCCCACCCACCCGCCCCGACCCUCAGUGACCCUCCCUGUCCUCAGCCAAGCAUGGUCUCUGUCCACUAUGGUGCUGUCUGCUUGUCGGAAUCUCAGUGUUUGUGUCACCGUGCGUAAGCCCCUGUCAGAAUCAGUAUUACUGUCUUUUAUGAUCUCUUAAUAAAGCACGUCUCUCAAACCUUUAAAAUAAUAAAAUUUGUUGGAAGUGAAAACAAA